UUAAGAACAAACUAAUUCAAUAUCAAAACAAAGACUCCAGAUAAAUAGCAAAGACUAAGUGCAGAAUCCAGGGUUGUGAUGUCAAAGAAUCAGUAUUUAUUCCCUCAGAAACAAAGUCUGACUGUUUCAUGGAAGUGUCCAAAGUCGCAGCCUUUGUCCCCAAGGGUUCAACAUACUCCAACGGGAAGCCCACAACUGGAGCUUCCUACACCAGCUCCCCGGAGAAGUACUACUGCACUGAGGGUCACUGCACUAGACACCCACUAGUCAGCCAAUGCUCAGAACCGAGCAAAUGUUGCUGAGCUUUCAGCAAGGGGAAGACUUAGAGAACUAGCUGCAUCGGUUCAAGUGGCUCGCCAGAACCUGGAAGUGGCCGAAGGAAGAAUGGAGCUACCAGCUGGUUAAACUGUUGACCGGGCAAGCGCUGGAGGCCUACCUGGCGAUGGAUGAAGACCAAGCAGUGGUCUACAGCAAGCUCAAGAAGGUGCUGUUGGAGAAGUUUAACGUUUCUCCAGAAAUCUAUCAUCAGCGGUUUCAUGCAACUACGACCCCGGUUGUAGAGACACCCUCAGAGACUUAUAAUCGGCGACCGGAACUACACACCAAGGAGGAAAUUGGUGAGAUGGUCAUCCUGGAGCAGUUUCUCCAUGUCCUGCCGUUCGAGAUCAGGAUAUGGGUAAAGGAACGGGAGCCGAGAACUGGGCUAGCUGCUGCCAAACUUGCCCAGCAGUAUCGGAACGCUCACCAGGAGGGUCGUCGUUUUCAAUUGGUGAAAGGGUGACCAGAGGAGUUCUCCUGGUGGAU